ACUCUCUCCCUUCUCGUACUCCUCAAUUCUCUUCCCGUCCCUCAUCCUCAAUCUCCUCGAACAAGUCAAACACGAAUUACAUCUUCCUGGUCCCCAAGCGUCGAAUCUUUCGAGAAACUCCCAAACUUAACUUAACUUAAUUCCGAACUCGUCAUUCGCCCCCGAUCCGUUCCAAUUCCAUUCACCCCCGAGGCGCAUUCUUUCUCAAGCCAAGGAAGACGAAAAAGCUCGAAAUUGUCAUUUCCCGUCGCCACGUCCCUUUCGCGACCACGUUCUUGAAUCUCUAUUUCACCAUUUUAUUCAACACACGCUAUCGAGAUACACUCCUUCCUUGAUAUUUACGAUCAGACGACUUGACUCUCUUAUCCGUCCUACGUCAAGACGUCGAGUUUUCUUUUGUUUCCGGGACCGUUCUUUGUCUGCUCAUCUGCGCCCAUUUUUCGAGUCUGGACGUGUCAGAUCUACCACACAGCAGCAACAACAAUAACAACAAUCCUCACAACGCGCCGCGCCCUGGUCUGCAGCUCUUCGACACCGACGUAUGAUUUCCCGGCUAGCUGUUUUCGAAUAUUCGAGUCCCCAGAAGUCGACUACAUCCACGUCGGACCCGGAUUCGUCGUCAUGCCAUCCGGGCUUCUACGAUAAACUCCAUUUCCCUACGUAAACCUCGCCGAUAAUCACCUCGUGGGGUGCAUGUUAGAUUAUGACAGACAGGAUCUCAUCCUUGCCUACGCAAUCAGUGACUCCGAGUCAGACGGUCGUACUUAGCCCAAAAUCUACCCCUACCUUACCGAACUAUGUCUCGAAUAAGGUCCAGGGCGCGAUCGAAGAAGAACCGUACACGAUCAAGUGUAUCUGCAACUUCACUGACGAUGACGGGAACACUAUCUAUUGCGAAACAUGUGAUACCUGGCAGCAUAUCGAAUGCUACUAUCCACUUAACGUCGACGAGGCCUUACGGGAAGAUUUUGCACACUCGUGUGUCGAGUGUAAACCCAGACCGCUCGAUCGCCAAGGUGCCUUCGACAGACAACGACUGCGACGGAGCAAGCCCAGUACGAUGGAGGCGUCCGAACGAAAAGUUAAACGACCUCCCACUAAGACGACAAAAAAGAAAACCAAACCAACAGACCUUGGGCCAAGUGGCCAGAUUAAUUUCGAUACCAACUUAAAAUAUUCUCAAGACCACCCUCCCACUCACCAACAUAAGAAGUCCAAAAGUACACACCGGCCUAGUCAAUCAAUUAGUUCCCAAAAUCCGAAACGCAGCCCUUCGUACGGGCAAAGGACUGGGAAUCCCCACGGUCAUCCGCCCAGUCCCGCCACAACACCUCCAGAUAUUCCCCACGAACUUGAAAUACAAUAUUCGAAUGCUUUCUUAAACCUGUAUAAAGACGACCGCGAUGUACCUAUCGUCCAGACAAAUUCCUUUGCAACUCUCUCUAUAUCUAACGUGCUAUCUUUAUGGCUGCGGGAUCACGAUAGAUUGAAAGCAGAGGCAGGGUGCAAAUUUGACGAGGUUUUCCAGUCCCUACCGCCAAAUAUUGACUCCCUUAGAACAUUACCACGGAUCGAGACAAGGAAGUUGCCCGUUGGACCGGAUACGAUCGUACACUGGCAGCACCUUAGGACGUCCGAAACAAUCGAAAAGAACACACCUUUGAUGGAGUUAAACGGCCAAAUCGGAAUACAAAAGGAUUAUUGCGAGGACCCGGAAAAUCGUUGGCAAGAAUUAAGCACGCCGCUCCCUUUUGUUUUCUUUCAUCCCAUGCUUCCUAUUUACAUUGAUACCCGAAAAGAAGGCUCUCUUGCUCGCUAUGUACGACGAAGUUGUAAGCCAAAUGCGGUGCUAGAUACAUACUUAUCUGAUGGUUCUGAGUAUCACUUCUGGCUGGUUAGCGAUCGACGGAUACUACCUUCUGAGCAGAUCACGAUCCCAUGGGAGUUCAAUCUUCAGAAGGACGUAGCGCGGAGGUGGGAACAGUUGCUUGGUCUUGCAGAUGAGGAAGCAGGUACUCAACCCGAGUAUGAUGAAAAAGAGACGGAGACAUACCAGAGUAUUGCUUCAUGGGUUCAUGCUGUUCUUUCAGAAUACGGUGGGUGUGCGUGCGACUUGGGACCGGACUGCGCGUUUGCUCGUUUCCAUCGAACCUAUAUACUCAAGCCACAACAAUCAAAAGAAAUCAAGGGUGUGAAAAAGAAAUCUCGGAAGACCAAAGCAAGCGCCAUUUCUCCCACAAGCACCGGCCACGCGACUAAUAGCCGUGCCCCUAGUGAGGGCCACGGCGAUGAUGGUGCGGAUAACGAUUCUGGGUCUUCGCGUAGCAAACCUCCCAGCCGAGAUAUGACUCCAGCACCACGACAAGGCUCUUUCGAUACGCUAGGCGUCUUAACAGAACUCACAGAUAGAGAUAAGCGAAAGGUCCAGAUGGUUGAAGAUUCGUUCCGUCGCAUGGAACAACAGCAGCAACCUCCACGGAAGAAGAAAAGAACUUCAGAUGGUUCUAGCAAUUCAAAUCCCACCUCAAAGUCAAAACCGAGAGGUUCGUUUAGUCAUCCAGGAGGUCUUUCUAAUGGGGUCGUAGAACGUCGUUACGUUGACGCCGGUACUUCGAGGAGCAUGUCUGGUUCUCCAUCCAGCGCGGUCUCGCCACACACGACUGGUCAUUCUAAACAUUACGAUCCGCGCAACCUCUCUACGCGGGCUCUUGCACGACAUUCCUCCCAGGGAGCCCGACCUGCGUAUUGCGAUGCUUCCGUUCAAACGGACCCGGUCGAUGGUGAAUGGUUUAGUGGUGACUGCCAAACGCCAAAGCCAAAAAGACGAGUUGUAUCAUUGUCAAAGCGUUUACUGGAAUCUCGACAUCGCUUGCGGGCAGAUGAAGAACGAAAGAGAAAGGCUCAUUCCGCCUCUCCCACUUCGAUAACGUCCGCUACUGUCAAGAUGGACCUGGACUCCCCGAAGGUGGAGCACAACUUGACGGUCGUCCCUGAAGCAGAAAAGCUGGAUAAGUCAACGCCACCACAAGUCGAGUCACCUAUUGACACAUCGAUGGAGGAUGCACCAGUGUCGCCCACAGAUACCAAAAGUCCCCCGGUUGUGGUUCCGGCAAUACCUAAGCCGAUAAAAAACAAGUCGCCCGAACUACGUGUUCAAAUGCCGCCUGUCCCCGCGUUUAAUGGCACGGUAGUUCCUAGUGUUACGACUCCGUUGUCUGCAUCUGGGACCCCAACCCAGUCGCCAUUCUCCAGUAGCAAUCUACCUAGUCCAUUCGCACCGGCGUCGGUUAACGGCGUUGCGGUUCAACCUAGCCCAAUCAAGAAGAAGCUGAGUUUGAGCGACUAUACGAAAAGCAGGAUGAAUAAGGCAGCGGCGACAAAACCAGCAGGAGUCUCUUUGAAGCCGCCAAGUAUUGUAUUGGAGGAGGCUAAAUCACCAACAAGCUCGGAUAUUACUACCCUAGAAGCUCCCGUUGCUGAUAAAAGCGCUGAAUGAUCGCUUCAACUAGAAGCGACAUGUCGAGUCGGGAAUACUUGUAAUAUACAGUGGGACGUCCAGAUACUUGACAGCACCCUCUCGAGGCGUAUCUCUUGAUUGCAUCUUGGCCUUAGGUCUCCGUAUGGAGUACUGGGGUCUCAGCGGUGGACACGCCGAAUGGGUAACGUCAUUUUCUACGUCAGGCGUUGGGGUAGGUCUUAAAUGGGGGGGUAUGGUGCGGUCCACGACAGGGCAUCGGCAUGAAGAUCUUCCAAAAGAUAUCGGUUUUAUUUAUUUUCAUUAGAUUCGGUAUGAAUCAUUCUUAACGCGUUACGGCGCGAGGGGCUUCACGCGGCUUGGCUUGGUGGGAUUUUACAUGAACAGGACUUGAACGUUGAUGAGUCGGCCAUUCUGACUGCUCAAGUUGUACCGACAAUACGGAAUGCAACUCUGAGGCAGUCGGUAGUCACGAGGACUGGAAUGGGCGGAGUCCAAAAGGUGUAGAGAUUCGUAUG